GCGACGCCGACGUCGUCAUUUCAUUCCCGCGUAGAGACAGUACGCUCGUGUUGUGUGCUCCUAUUUAACUUCGAGAGGAUCUCAUUUUUUUUGGAGCUAAACGUGCACCUGCCCAAUUCCCAGCGUCAAGUUUUCUUCCAGCAACAGUAUUGUCUUCAAGAGAGAAAAGAUGAUGACGUUGAAUGUGAUCGUAUUCAUAAUGUUCGCUAUUCUCGAGGGAACUGUUCUUGCAAUGGAAGAACCUUCUUCUUCCUCUUCGUCCACUCACACCCAACGUCUCAGUCAAGCGAUAUCGGAUCUGGUUUUCGAUGAACCACCAGAGAAAAGGGCAUAUACCUAUGUUUCCGAAUAUAAAAGGUUACCGGUUUAUAAUUUUGGUCUUGGAAAACGAUGGGCUGAUGCUAGCGAUGGCAAG